AUUCAAGCAGUUGGGGACUGAGAAAAUCCAUACAGGAAGCAAAACAAAAGAGAAAUCUCAGGCCACUGGGGCUGAGGACGCUGAGAGGGCGCUUUCUGACAUAGAUGAAGUUGAUAAAGAAAAGUGCGAUCGCCGGGAGCUGGGAUAGCCGCCCGCGGGAAGGGGGGCAGGCACCCGGAUCCGCCGGCCGCUCCUCCGUGCUCAGGAAAAGAGCCAGAAGGUGCAAUUAUGCAUAAAGCAACGGCAGGAGGAAUUAAAAAGCAGAUUUCAAGCGCGGCCGCCUCGCUGGAGCCUCGGCAAUGAAUGGGCACUCGCUGCCGGCCGGCACGCCAGCGCAUCCCCGGGGCUGGCAUGAGUUCUGCGAGCUGCACGCCAUCAGCACCGCCAAGGAGCUGGCGCGGCACUACCUGCGCUUCGCCACCGAGCACCCGCACCAUGACCUCCUGGCCGCCGAGAACUUCUCGGUGCACUUCACCGACCUCUUCCAGCAGUACUUCUGCCACGAGGUGAAGGAGGGCAUCGCCAUGAGCCAGCUCCGCAUCCUGCCCGCCGGCCCGGCGCGGGAUUACCGGGACACGCACCGGCGGCACACCGACGCUUCCCUGGGCACGGUGGCCACCAAAGCCGAGGCGGAGCCCGGCGCCCGCCCCGAGCAGCCCGUGCGAGCCCCCGAGGCCGCUCCCGCUGGGCUGCGCAAGUCCUGGAGCUCGGAGGAGCUGGCGGGGCCGGCGCGCAGACCCUUCUCGCUCAGCCAGCUGCGCCGGAGCUGGCGCAGCCUCUUCCGCCGCCGCUCCUCGGACGCGCUGCCCGGGGACGGCGAUGGGGAGGCGGCGGAGGCGGCGCUCAAGCCGGGACUGGGGAAGCGCAUCCUGCCCUGGGGGCUGUCGCGGGAGCAGCCCCCCGAGGUGCGCAAGGAGGGGCUCCUCAAGUACGGGCUGCUGGACGAGAGUUCCCUGGACAGCGGGACGCGCUGGCAGCGCUGCCGCCUGCUGCUGCGGAGAGCGGCGCCGCCCGACGCCGAGGAGUUUGUGCUGGAGCUCUUUGACCCACCCAAGGGCUCCAAGCCGAAGCUGCUCGUCGCCUGCUCGGCCGUGCAGGAGGUGAGGAGGUGCACACGCCUCGAGAUGCCCGAUAACCUCCACACCUUCGUCCUCAAGGUCACCAAUGCCACAGACAUCCUGUUUGAGGCAGGGGAUGAGCAGCAGCUCAGCUGCUGGACGGCCGAGAUCCGGGAAUGUAUGCACAGGGGCAGGUCUGACACGGGUGACCCUGAGCUCCUGACGUGCCGACACCCCGACCCUACAGCUGCCAGCCCCACCACCAGCACGGAUCCCCUCAGCCAAGGGGCGACGCCGGGGGGCCCGGGGGAGGCGGCGGGGCCGAAGAUGGAGCAGUUCCUCUCCUCCUGCCCCUGGUUCCACGGGCCCAUCUCCCGUGUGAAGGCGGCUCAGCUGGUGCAGCUGGGGGGGCUGGAGGGCCACGGCGUGUUCCUGGUGCGGCAGAGCGAGACGCGGCGCGGAGAGUACGUGCUCACCUUCAACUUCCAGGGCAGAGCCAAGCACCUGCGGCUGGCGCUGACGGAGCGGGGCCAGUGCCGGGUGCAGCACCUGCGCUUCUCCUCCAUCCUGGAGAUGCUGCAGCACUUCCACCGCCACCCCAUCCCCCUGGAGUGCGGCAGCGCCUGCGACGUGCGGCUCUCCAGCUACGUGGUGGUGCUGCCCCAGGCACAAGCUCCCGGUUCCAGCACCACGGUCCCGCUCCCUCUGCCCUUUCCUGGCUGGAGCCCCGAAUUCAGCCUCAUCCCCACCAGCUCCUCCUGCCCACACAGCCCUGAUGAGCCCCCCGGGGGUCCCCCAGCUGAGCAGAUUUUCCACCUGGUGCCACCACCAGCUGAGCUGGCACAGAGCCUGCGUCCAGCCAGGGCCACCACGGCCACCACAGCCCGGCCCCGAGACUCGGACUAUGAGGUGGAGGCUCCAGGCAGGGGCCACGUCCGUGCCAUUGACAACCAGUACACACCACUGUGAGCAGCAGCACGGCACUGGGAUGCACUUUCGGGUGGAGAAAUCCUGGAGACCUUCUGGGGCAUCCAUCGAGAGAAAGAAUGUACCUGUUUCUUCCUUCUGGUUAGGGAUUAUUAUUGUAUUUUUUGCAAGGAAGGGGGUAAUUUUUCACUCCUGUACGGGUGUGCUCCCUCUCAUUGGCCUGUUAAAGGGCCUCUUAUUGUUGUUUUUGUUGUUUUAACGAAGCUUUUCUCGUUACUGUUUACACAACGCCGCUCGUGCCUGCGCCGCUCCCUGACCCAGGAACCAGGGGCUUGUGUUUCACCCAUGGAAUUGGAGAAAGUUAAAGAAAAAAAUCCAGGAUAACAAGAAAAAAAAAGGAUUAUAAAAUUCAUUGUCAAGUUGCUGCUCCAGGCCUCGUCCUCCCACUGAACCCACCAGCAAAGCCCGACCUGAGCUGAGCUCCCACGGAGGGUGAUGAGCAGGGUUUGGGUUUGUUUAUUUGUUGGUUGUUUUUUUUUAGCUAAAGCAAAAACUGGCUUUUUCUUGCUUUUCCUUUUUAACCCAGCACAGCUGUGGUCACUCCCUGCGCCAGCCAGAGGGAUCCUCACCCUGCUUUCCCCUGAUUGAGACUGAACACUAAUUGCUCCAUCCUUAGCCAUGGCACCGGCCGAGAACUAACACACAGACUGACACAAACCCCUCCUGCUGGUGAGGGAGGGGCUUAUCCCCAUUUAUCCUGGUGAUGGAUGCGUUCUACCCCGGUGAUGGAGGCUUUUUAUCCCUGUGCUGAAUGGGUUUUCAUCCUGGUGAUGAAGGUGUUUUUAUCCUGGUGAAGGAGCUGUUCUGUCCUGGUGAUGGAGCAGUUUUAUCCCAGUGAUGGAAUCAUUUUAUCCCAGUGAUUUUAGGCACAAAUCUAAAGUCAGUUUUCCCCCUAAAGAACCCCCCUACUCUUGCUUGCCUUUUUCCCCCUAAACACCCUAUCACCAGGAGCUUGGUGGAAUUUAAAGCUCCACAAAAGCCUCUCGCAGGUGAUGGGGGGGUCCUGGGGACACCUCCUCACCUGGAGGAAAAACUUGUCCAAAUCCCUGGGUCUCAGCAUCCCCUGAUUGCCCCCAAACUCUGCUGCUGUUCCUGAGCCCCUGGGGCUGCUUCACCUGCCUGGGGCAGCCACGAGAGAGGAAGCACUUCUGAGAAGCUGCUGUUAUUUUAGGAAAGAGGAAGGGCUGGAGCCGUUGCGCCACACAGGAGGGGAUGUUCACAGCAUUCAACUUCCAGAUUUCCCAGAGCAGCCUUCCCUGGGAUUUUGGAUGUAAAACUUGCCUUGAGAUUGCCUUACAGAAAGCUUUUUUUAAUUUCUAUUUCCCUUGAAAUUGCAAUACAGGUGGGAGCCCUCAGGAGCAUUAAUAUUUAGCAAUUAAUUUGAAAACAAAGCCUCGUUGGGCUGAGUUAGGGAAUUCCACAAAAAUCCAGCCUCUAGGACAGGCUUGGGUGUGAAGCAGGUUCUGGGUGAGCCCACACUCCAAGGAGACAAGGUCAGGAGCUGCAGGGCAAAGCCAAAAUAUCUGGGGCCAAACAGCCUAGGAAGCAGCCAUAAGAGCAAAUCUGGAUUUAUAAAUCCAAGUAUGAGGUUGGGACAAACAGGAACCAUCAACUGGAGAGACCAUUUAGGUUUUCAUUCUGUGCCUCCUCAUUGCUUGCUCUUGCUCUCUCCUGGGCUUUGUGCAUUUAGAGCAGGCAAAGGCUUUUUUUUUUUCCUCCCUGCUUUCUCUACAGUUGUGCCUGAAACUGGAGCAUUAAGAGCAAAUUGCACUGGUCCUGCAGCACUGGCAGCCCUGGAGAGGCUGAUGGAGGAACAAAGGCAGCCCUGUCCUCGCUGGGCUCCUCAGCUGUAUCCGCAUCCCAUCCUCUCCCUGGAGCAGCACAAAGGCUGCAGCCAGAGGCAGGAGCACAUCCCCAGGGCUGCCUUGUGCCAGGCAAGGCAGCUCCUCCGAGGCUCAUAAAUAACUCCCCGUGCUCUUGCAUUUAUAGGGAUGGGGAAGGGAAGGGGGGACGGCACAGCACAAGUUGUUGUUUCCUUUCCUCGCUUCCCAAAGCCUUGGGAAACACAGGGAUGUGCUAAAUCAUGCUAAGAUUCCUGUUUUAGUCCCACUGAGCUCCAGGCAGCUGCAUUCAAAGGGGUUUUCCCCCAAAAGGCGAGGUGGAAUCACCCUGAGUCUCCCUCCAUCUGCAAAGAAAGGAUGGGCUGGGAAAAGGCAGCGCUAUUCACAUCCCUUGCCAGAUGAAUCCAGAGAAAUCCUUGCCAGAUAAAUCAGAUGCUGCUGGGGUGGGUUGUUUUGGCACGCCAGGACUUUAUUGUUCCAGUGCCAGAACUGAAACAUGCGUGUGCAUGUGGUAUUUUUAACCUGCAGUUUAAUUACAAGGGGGUUCUCCGCAGUUUAAAUGGAAAUUGCUGGGCUUGAUUAAUAAAAUACACGUUGGGUUCAUUAUCUCCCCAUCAGCCACUUCCCCCAUGCAAACAAACUCCAGUGGGGAACAGGAGUUGUCCCCACCAGUGAGCAGUGGGAGAGCCCCUCUGAUUAUUUAAUAUUUAAUUUAAUAGUUAAUUCCAGCCCCAGACUCACCCACAGGCAGCGAGGGCUGUCCAGCCCCCCCAGCUCCACCAGCUCCUCAUUUCAGAUCCACUGCAGCAGGACCUGAGGGGAUUUUUGGGCUAUUUUCCCAAGCUCCUGGGGGGACUGAAUUUGAAAUCCCAUUUCUCCUAGAAAACAUCUGGCUUGUGACACAGGUCAGAGCCUGACUCUGCUCCUGCCAGCACAAGGUACUCACUCCUCUGCAUUGUAGCAGUGGACAAAGAGCAUUAAGCCAUUCCACCCUAUGGAAUAGAAACAUUUUGCAGGAUUUUUGUAUUCUUGUGACUUGAGAGAAGGGCCCAGGGCUGGGCAGGUUUAUUUCCCCAGCCCCUGUGGGUUUUUAAUGGCAUUCAUGGGAAUUUUGGGAGGAGGGGAAGCCAAGGGGAGAGCCCCUGGGUCAGAAAUAAAAUCAGGUGUGGCCACCAGUCUGUGCCUUGGCCCUGGAGAUGGGCACACUUUGGAUCCCACCUAACAAAGCCAGGAGCCUCAGGAGCAGCUCCUGGAGCUGGGCUGGAGGCCUCCCCAUUUCAUCCAACUACUCAGGACAGUUUUUAGCAAUAAAGAUGAAAACCAGGCAGUGCCUUUGCUCUGUGACAGCAGGGACCUGGUUCAGGGCUCAAUCCAAGAUUUGGGUCUGGCCAGAAUCCCUCCCCUGCUCUUCCCCUUGCUGUUUGCUGGCAGCAGCUCCUGCUUGGUGGCCUUGGUGUCCCCAGGGGUGCCAGGUUCUGGAGGAGCUCCUGGCAUGAAGCAUUAGUUGAUGUGUCCCUCCCUCCCACAUCCCAACAGCACCAGCAGGUACCGAACACUGACACCACCAUUCCCUACCCACCCCUUGGGGCUGAAGCUAUUUUGGGCUGAAACUUCUAAGAAAAGAUGCAGGGAGAGGCAAAAGCUUCUCAUUCUUUAUCUGGACCACCAAACCCUGGUGUCAUCCAGCAUUCCAAACUUUUAGCUUUGAUCCAAACAGCCCCAACAUUCCCCAGCAGCUCCCAGAGGCAGGGAGGUCACUGUGUAUUCCCUAAAUCAGCCUUCAGCAGGACGAUUAAAGCCAACAAUUGUGUUGGAGUGUAUUAAUUUGAAAGUUCUACUUUUCACCUGCACAGAAAAGUUCUUCUUGUAUAGUAAUUUUUUUUCUAUAUAUUGUUUCUGUAUGUACUGUACAAGUAAAUUAUUCUUGAAUAAUGCAAUUUUACCAUAAUAUUAAAAAAAAAAAAAUCUGCUCUUAAUAAACUGUUUUUAGAACUUGUUUCUCACUUGUAGUCUUCAGUUUGAUUCUCUCCAGGUGCCUGGACAUUGUUUUAGUGGAUACUGGAUGGUAAAAGUCAGAAAUGUUCCCUUGAACAUGAAAAUCUUCUAUUUUGCCCCAUGGGAUGAUGCCUGCACCACACAGGACAGUCAGGACAUGGCACUUGGAGCAGGGAUAAUUUUUCACAUCUUUUUAAGGCAUUUUGCCAGGAAUUCUUACCCUUCCUCUCCUUCUCCAGCAGCACCACUGACUUUUAUACUUUCAUCACCUUAAAGGCCCAUCUGGGAUUUUUCCUGAGCCCAUCUGGAGCAGCCCAAGGCUGAAGGAUCAGGAACACAAAAUCACCUGGAGACAAAACCUUGUUAGAAAACUGAACUGAAUUUGUGAUUAUCACCUGGAGACAAAACCUUGUUGGAAAACUGAAUUUGUGAUUCCCAAACUUCUCCCUGCAGCACACAACAGACUCAGGGCAAACCCUGGCUCCAGAGACUCAAAAAUCACCACACAAACACCGAGGAGGGUCAGUUUUUAAAACUUUUUUUAUUUUUUAAUUUUUUUUUUAAGUUUUUAUUUUAUAUUAUCUACAAAGUAAAAGUUUUCUUAACUUAAAAGUUACAUCACUGUCUCACGAUAGUGAUUAUCUCAUCAAACGUGAUUUAUAAAUAAUAACUCAUCCGUUUGACGAUUAGAAUUUUUUUUUUUUUUUUUACUGAACCUGUUUCAAGUUUAGUUAGAAGUAAAAGGGAUCUCCAAGUCUUGAUUUUUAGUGAUAAUAGCAGCAAGAAUCACUCUUGUUACUUCUUUUGCUAGCUGACGAGUUCAUAACUUUGAAGGGUCAUUAAAAAAUAAAUAACUUCCAGUUUUCAGCAAGCAGAGUUGGGGCACUUGCAGGACUCAGAUACAGUGCAUGGAAUUAUGGAAUAGCCCACAAGUUCCUAAAUGCCUCUACUCAGUCCGAAUCUCUCCCACUGCAAGAUGAACUGUUAGCAUUCCUAGUGGAUGUUACAAGAAAUCAAAAA